AGUCGUGGGGUUGGCAAACAGAGGAUCCGGGCUCAUUCUCGGGUCUUUUUCAUCUUUCCUUCCUUCUCUUGUUAUUUACAAAAUUCCUAUUUUGCCCUUGUUCUCCAAGAAAACCCUGUUUAUAUAGAAAAUUAUAAAUUUCCCAUUUUACCUCUUCCUUUGAUCCUUUCUGAUAAGAACGCUGACAGUUUCAUGUGAUUUUCAACCAUGAAAUCCUGUUGGAGAAUUCUAGCCAGUCGCAGAAAUUCGGCGCUUUCCGGAUUCCCAUUCCCAAAAUGCCCCUCUUCCACUGUCGCUAAUUCUGGAAAUCAUGGGUUGAAAUCGCUUCCCAAGCGGCGAUCCGGCCGAUAUCCGCCUCGUGUCUUCGGUUUCGGCCGCUUGAUUAAUCCAAACCCAACCCCUUUUCGCUCGUCCGAUUCGAAUUGGGGCCAAUCUAGGGUUUUUUUGGGCGGUUCUAGUUUUGGUAGAGAAACGGGUGUUUUUGUAGUUUCGCGUGUCGUGUCUGACGUCAGGCAUCUUUCGACAUCCGUCGAGGCUAAUGUUGGCGGUGAGAAGAGCUUUGAGCGGAUGCAUGUUCAAGGAAUGGGCGUGAAGCCCCUCGUUGUUGAGAGGAUCCGAAGCGAUGAGAGUGGCUUAGAUUUAGAUGUCGAUAGAUCGGAGGGUAUAGAUGAGGCGGACGUGGGUCUCUCUAACAAGAAAUUGGAGGGUAUAGGUGAGGUGAAUGUGGGUCCAUGCCACAAGCAGGAGGUGUCGGGGGGUGAGUGGGAGGCGUGGAAUUUGCUCCGCAGAGCAGUUGUGAAUUACUGCGGGAAUCCGGUGGGAACCGUUGCAGCGAAUGACCCGUCUGAGAUGCAACAGUUGAACUAUGAUCAGGUUUUCAUUCGGGAUUUUGUGCCGUCGGCACUUGCCUUUUUGCUCAAAGGAGAGGGCGAGAUUGUGAGGAAUUUUCUUCUACAUACAUUGCAAUUGCAGAGUUGGGAAAAAACCGUCGAUUGCUACAGCCCGGGGCAAGGAUUGAUGCCGGCUAGUUUCAAAGUUAGAACUGUGCCUCUUGAUGGCAGCAAUGAGGCAUUCGAGGAAGUUUUGGAUCCUGAUUUUGGCGAAUCAGCCAUUGGUCGUGUUGCACCCGUUGAUUCCGGGUUAUGGUGGAUUAUCUUGUUGAGAGCUUAUGGAAAGAUAACUGGUGAUUAUGCGUUACAAGAAAGGGUGGAUGUCCAAACAGGCAUAAAACUUGUGUUGAACUUAUGCUUGUCUGAUGGGUUUGACAUGUUUCCUUCCCUGUUAGUGACUGAUGGUUCCUGCAUGAUAGACCGACGGAUGGGCAUCCACGGACACCCUCUCGAGAUCCAAGCGCUAUUCUACUCAGCUUUACGAUGCUCCCUUGAAAUUAUCACUGUCAAUGAUGGGUCCAAGAAUCUGGUGCGGGCCAUCAUUAACAGACUCAACGCAUUGUCAUUCCACAUCAGGGAGUACUAUUGGGUGGAUAUGAGGAAGAUUAAUGAGAUAUACCGCUACAAAACAGAAGAAUACUCUAAUGAUGCUAUUAACAAGUUCAAUAUUUAUCCUGAGCAAAUACCUGCCUGGCUGGGGGAUUGGAUUCCUGAUAGAGGUGGUUACCUCAUUGGCAAUCUUCAGCCAGCUCACAUGGAUUUUAGGUUCUUCUCACUCGGCAAUAUAUGGUCGGUAGUUUCGUCUUUGGCUACUCCAAGACAAUCCGAGGAUAUUCUAAAUUUAAUUGAAGCCAAAUGGGAUGAUCUUGUUGGAAUGAUGCCUCUCAAAAUAUGUUAUCCUGCGUUGGAAUUUGAGGAGUGGCGGAUAAUUACUGGCAGUGACCCAAAGAACACCCCUUGGUCAUAUCACAAUGGAGGAUCAUGGCCCACGCUGCUAUGGCAGUUCACCUUAGCGUGCAUGAAGAUGGGCAGGCCCGGUUUAGCCAGAAAGGCAAUCGACACGGCUGAGAAGAGGCUUGUGCAAGACAAGUGGCCCGAGUACUAUGACUCCCGAAUGGGCAGAUUUGUCGGGAAGCAAGCGCGUCUUUAUCAGACAUGGACGAUCGCUGGAUAUCUAACGUCCAAAUUGCUCCUGGAGAAUCCAGAGAAGGCAGCGGUGCUGUCAUUUGAAGAGGAUACUGAGCUUCUUGCGGAAUGCAUCUGUGCAACAAUGAAAACCGCGCGGAAGAGAUGUUCUCGUCUCGCCGCCAGAUCACAGGUUCUCGUAUAGAAGCGCCGACCGCCUGCUGACCAAAGCAGGGUAUAUCAUCAACACUGUACAGAAAUGAAUAAAAGGAAGUGAAAUUAGAACAAGGAGAAGAUCAUUUUCUACUUGAAAAUGAAAGGGGAUUCAUAUUGGUGAGGAAUGCUAAUUGAACCCCUUGUGCAGAAUCUGUGCCAUUCAUCAUCACACGAGUCCCACCCGAUGGGUUGCCUGGCCUAGUUUUUCAGACCACAGUAUGUUCUCUGAUUGGGACUUCGUGAAGGACAGAACGGAUACUAUCCAGGUGUGCCAUGUUGGCAUGUAUGGAGCACUCGUGUUUGGUUUUUACAGUUGCACUUGCCAAUAUCAUACCUCUUGAAGGAAUGAAAUGAAACCCUUAAGAACGUCCAUUUUCCUGGCCCCACUGUAUAUUUAUGUAUUUUUAUUUUAGCUAACAGUCACCACAGACGGGAAAUGGCAGCAUGUGGGUGAGGGUCUCACAGGCUUAGCUACAGUACACAACAUAGCAUGCCUUUUUUCUUUCAUGGUAUUUUUUUUAAAUUUGUCAUUUUAAAAUUAUUUGUAACAAUGACUACAGUGAAAUGGAUCAAGAAGGUUUCUUGUUGUUGU